GUCAGAAGCGUUUAGUUCUCAGGAAAAUGACAGUUGCACAGAUUUCCUACAUUUGCUUAGAGGCUUUUAGAUUCAAUUGCAGAAAUGUUUUCUUUCUUUCUUUCUUUUUAGCUUACUGUGCUACCUAGAACCAUUGUAUGUGGCUCCGUGUUUGAAGCAUUUUAUAAACACACCCAGGAGCUCUGAGCUCUUACCUAAUUGGCUGCUUAGCCUUUUAUGUCACAAUCGCCUCAUGCCACAGUAAGCAGUAUCCAAAGUUACAGUGGUGAGACAGGGUUUUCUUUACUAUCUAAAGUUUUUCUCUCCAAAUAAAACAUCUGGAACUCAAGACAUCUUUAGAAAUCUCUGGCAGAAACAUGUUGGAAGACUGUACAUCUUGUUUCCACCCAGAAGGUAUUUUUGCCUUCCACGUGUUGAAUUAGCUGCCAGCAGAUGUGGCUUCUGGGCUCUCUGGUUGGAGCAGCUCUUAAAGGCAUCCGCGAAAGACAGAGAUGAAUCUUCUUCAGACUGGCGCUUGGCGAAACAACGCUGCAUCUUCCUGGCUUCUGAAACUCGGUUUUAUCUGGCUCCUUACUGAGAACUGUUGUUCAGCGAGUGCAGUUUGGACUGCUUACAUGAACAUAUCCUUUCAUGUGGGGAACCGCAUGUUGUCAGAGCUGGGGGAGACUGGGGUCUUUGGAAGGAGUUCCAUUUUGAAGAGAGUAGCAGGAGUCGUCGUGCCACCUGAGGGAAAAACUCAAAGUGCCUGUGACCCCAAUACCAGUUUCAUCCUGCCAAAGAACAAAGAGCCAUGGAUUGCGCUCAUCGAGCGGGGAGGUUGUGCUUUCACGCAGAAAAUUAAGGUGGCCUCUGAGAACGGAGCUAGAGGAGUAAUCAUCUAUAACUUCCCAGGUACUGGCAACCAGGUUUUCCCCAUGUCCCACCAGGCAUUUGAAGACACUGUUGUAGUUAUGAUUGGUAACUUAAAAGGCAUGGAAAUCUUGCAUUUAAUUCAGAAGGGAGUUUACGUUACAGUCAUGGUUGAGGUGGGGAGAAGACACAUCAUCUGGCUGAAUCACUAUUUUGUCUCCUUUAUGAUCGUCACAACCGCUACUCUAGCAUAUUUCACCUUUUAUCACAUUCGGAGACUUUGGGUCGCAAGGAUUGCAAACAGGAGAUGGAAGCGAUUGACGAGAGAGAUCAAGAAAGCCUUCAGCCAGCUGCAGGUUCGCGUGUUGAAAGAGGGAGAUGAGGAAGUCAGUGCGAACGCAGACAACUGCGUCAUCUGCUUUGAACCCUAUAAGCCCAACGACACCAUCCGUAUCCUCACUUGUAAUCAUUUUUUCCAUAAGAACUGCAUUGACCCCUGGAUUCUAGCCCAUGGCACAUGCCCCAUGUGCAAAUGUGACAUCCUGAAAGCUCUCGGGAUUCAGGUGGACAUUGAGGAUGGAGCCGACUCUCUCCAAGUUCUGAUGUCAAAUGAACUGCCUGGAACCUUCUCACCUCUGGAAGAAGAUACAAGUGAUGAACUUCCUCCUGAGACAGCUUCAAGUAAAGUGACCCACGUAGAGGAACACCCUGCUUCUGCGAAUGCCGACAGCCAGGCUCUUGGAGCAGGGGAAACCGAUAGCCCUCCACUUGGACAACGUGACCUUUGA